AUGGCGGCGGCGGCGGUCGGGCGGGACACUUUACCUGAGCACUGGUCCUAUGGCGUGUGCCGGGACGGCCGCGUCUUCUUCAUCAAUGACGAGCUCCGCCGCACGACCUGGCUGCACCCGCGCACCGGGGAGCCAGUCAACUCCGGCCACAUGAUCCGUUCAGACCUGCCCCGCGGCUGGGAGGAGGGCUUCACGGAGGAGGGAGCCAGCUACUUCAUCGACCAUAACCAACAGACCACAGCAUUCAGGCAUCCUGUGAGUGGGCAGUUUUCUCCAGAAAAUAGCGAAUUUAUUCUUCAAGAAGAGCCACAUCCACAUAUGUCGAAGCAAGAGAGAAACCAAAGACCAUCCAGCAUGGUCAGUGAGACGUCCACAGCUGGAACCACGUCCACUGUGGAGGCCAAGCCUGGCCCCAAGAUCACGAAAUCCAGCAGUAAAGUCCACAGCUUUGGGAAGAGGGACCAGGCCAUUCGGAGGAACCCCAAUGUUCCAGUGGUGGUGAGGGGGUGGCUGCACAAGCAGGACAGUUCUGGGAUGAGACUGUGGAAAAGGAGGUGGUUUGUGCUUGCUGAUUAUUGCUUGUUUUACUAUAAAGACAGCCGAGAAGAAGCGGUCCUUGGGAGCAUCCCUCUGCCCAGCUAUGUGAUCUCACCCGUGGCCCCUGAGGACCGCAUAAGUCGCAAGUAUUCCUUUAAGGCUGUGCACACAGGGAUGCGAGCACUCAUCUAUAAUAGCUCCACGGGGGGCUCUCAGGCCGAGCAGUCAGGCAUGAGGACCUACUACUUCAGUGCCGACACCCAGGAGGACAUGAACGCAUGGGUCCGGGCCAUGAACCAGGCUGCACAGGUGCUGUCUCGAUCAUCGCUAAAGAGGGAUGUGGAGAAAGUGGAGCGGCAGGCGGUCCCCCAGGCCAACCACACCGAGUCCUGUCGAGAGUGUGGCCGCGUGGGACCUGGACAUGCGAGGGAUUGUCCUCUUCGAAGCCAUGAGGAUUCCUUUGGCUUUGAGAGGCGGGAGCAAGAGGAAGAACGGUACCGUUCCCAGAGGGACCCACUGGAGGGCAAGCGGGACAGGAGCAAGGCCAGGUCCCCAUACACACCGGCUGAGGAGGACGCCUUGUUCGUGGAUUUACCUGGUGGCCUGAGAGGCCAGCAAGCACAGCCCCAGCGGGCAGAGAAGAAUGGGGUGCUGCCCGCCGUGUAUGGCCCAGGAGAGCAGAACGGGACCGGCGGGUAUCAACGGGCCUUUCCUCCCAGGAACAAUGCUGAAAAGCACAGCCAGAAGAAGAACAGCCUGGCCCAGGUGGAGCACUGGGCGAAAGCCCAGAAGGGGGACGGCAGGAGCCUGCCCCUGGACCAGACCCUUCCUCGUCAGGGUCCUAGCCAGUCACUGUCCUUCCCAGAAAACUACCAGACUCUGCCUAAGAGUUCCCGACAUCCCUCAGGGGGCUCCUCGCCCCCUCCCCGCAACCUGCCGAGUGACUACAAGUACGCGCAGGACCGAGCCAGUCACCUGAAGAUGUCGAGCGAGGAGCGCCGGGCGCACCGGGAUGGCACAGUGUGGCAGCUCUACGAGUGGCAGCAACGCCAACAGUUCCGGCACGGCAGCCCCACGGCGCCCAUCCGCGCCGGCUCCCCGGAGUUCACCGACCAGGGCCGGAGCAGGAGCAUGCUGGAGGUGCCCCGCUCCAUCUCUGUGCCUCCAUCUCCCUCCGACAUCCCUCCUCCGGGCCCCCCAAGGGCCUUCCCGCCCCGGCGGCCGCACACGCCAGCAGAGAGGGUCACCGUGAAGCCCCCGGACCAGCGGAGGAGCGUGGACAUCUCACUGGGGGGCUCUCCCAGGAAGGCACGGGGCCAUGCCACCAAGAACUCCUCUCACGUGGAUCGCCGCUCCAUGCCCUCCAUGGGCUACAUGACCCACACAGUCAGCGCUCCCAGUCUCCAUGGAAAAUCGGCUGACGAUACCUACCUCCAGCUGAAGAAGGACCUGGAGUACUUGGACCUAAAGAUGACAGGCCGGGACCUUGUCAAGGAUCGAAGUCUGAAGCCAGUGAAGAUCGCGGAGAGUGACAUUGACGUCAAACUGAGCGUCUUCUGUGAACAAGACAGGAUCCUCCAGGACUUGGAAGACAAGAUCCGAGCCCUCAAGGAGAACAAAGACCAGCUGGAGUCUGUGUUGGAGGUAUUGCACAGACAGAUGGAGCAGUACCGAGACCAGCCCCCGCACCUGGAGAAGAUUGCUCACCAGCAGAGGUUGCUGCAGGAGGACCUUGUCCACAUCCGGGCAGAGAUCUCCAGAGAGUCCACUGAGAUGGAAAAUGCAUGGAAUGAAUACCUGAAGUUAGAGAGUGAUGUGGAGCAGCUGAAGCAGACCCUGCAAGAGCAACACAGAAGAGCCUUUUUUUUCCAGGAGAAAUCGCAGAUACAGAAAGAUCUCUGGAGGAUUGAAGAUGUCAUUGCAGGCCUGAGUGCAAAUAAAGAGAACUUUAGAAUCCUGGUGGAAUCGGUCAAAAAUCCAGAGAGAAAAACGGUGCCUUUGUUUCCUCACCCGCCUGUGCCUUCACUCUCGACUUCUGAGAGCAAGCCGCCCCCACAACCCAGCCCUCCCGCCAGCCCCGUGAGGACCCCUCUGGAGGUUCGACUCUUCCCCCAGCUGCAAACCUAUGUGCCGUACCGACCUCAUCCACCCCAACUGAGGAAAGUGACAUCCCCUCUUCAGUCACCAACCAAAACGAAGCCCAAAGUUGAAGACGAGGCACCUCCCAGGCCCCCACUCCCUGAGCUCUACAGUCCAGAGGACCAGCCCCCGGCUGUGCCACCUCUGCCAAAGGAGGCCACUAUCAUCCGGCACACUUCAGUGAGGGGUCUGAAACGCCAGUCGGACGAGAGGAAGCGAGACCGGGAGCAGGGGCAGUGUGUGAAUGGGGACUCAAGGGUGGAGCUCCGGUCAUACGUUAGUGAGCCUGAGCUGGUGACUUUCAGUGGGGACAUGGCCCAGCCCUCCCUGGGACUAGUGGGCCCUGACAGCAGGUACCAGACACUGCCAGGCAGAGGGCUCUCGGGGUCCACAUCAAGGCUCCAGCAGUCAUCCACCAUUGCUCCCUACGUCACGCUCCGGAGGGGUCUAAAUGCCGAAAGCAGCAAGGUGACCUUCCCUAGACCCAAGAGUGCCUUGGAGCGCCUGUACUCAGGGGACCACCAGCGGGGCAAGAUGAGUGUGGAGGAGCAAUUGGAGCGCAUGAAGCGGCACCAGAAGGCGCUGGUCCGGGAGCGCAAGAGGACGCUGAGCCAAGGAGAGAGGACGGGUCUGCCCUCGUCCCGCUACCUCAGCCAACCUCUCCCCGGAGAUCUCGGCUCAUGGAAGCGCGAGCAGGACUUUGACCUGCAGUUGCUGGAACGGGCCAUGCAAGGGGAGAGAAAGGACAAGGAAAACCAGGGCUGGUUGAAGGUGCCGGCCGUGCCUGUCACUGAGCUGGACCUGGAGCCUCAGCACUAUGACUUGGACAUCGGCAGAGAGCUGGCCAAACCAGAGAAGGUCUCCAUCCCUGAGCGUUACGUGGAGCUGGACCCUGAGGAGCCGCCCAGCCUUGAGGAGCUGCAGGCGCGGUAUCGCAAAGCCGAGAAGAUCCGCAACAUCCUUGCUCGUUCCAGCAUGUGCAACCUACAGCCGCCAUCAGGCCAGGACCGGAACAGCGUGGCUGACCUGGACUCGCAGCUGCUGGAGCAGGCGCGUAUCAUCAACAUCUCCCACGCGCUGGCCUCCGAGGCCUCCCAGCGCAGCAAGCAGGUGGCAGCCCAGGCAGUGACUGACCCGUGACCCAACGUGCAAAGGAGAAGUUGGAGCCAGGGACCCAGUGGAACCAGUUUCUUCCGAGAAGAUUGAUCUUCCUUCCCCCAAGGAAACCCCUUCCAGCUCAGCAGGGGUUCUGGCUGGAGGAAGGAGCAGCCCACCAACUGGGAGGAGUUCACCAUAGGGCUAGGUCCUAACAACCACCCCCACCCCCCGAUUUGUUUUAGUUCAGACUCCUUUUUACAUAUGACAAAGGCACUUUUGAUACACACUGUAAAAUACUGACGCUGUAUUUUAGAAUCAGAAUGUAUUUUAUAAUGUUCACCUCAAGGGCUGAGUGGCUGGAAAGGUGAGGAUGCAGGAUUUGGGAGCUGCACAUACAGA